AAUCCCCUUCAAAACAAGCGGUGAUUGAAUGGGGUUAUGCCACGCAAGGCUAAUUUUACGGUUGGGUUGAAAAAAGUGCUGUCGAGGAGACAGCCCACGUCACAUUCACGCUCACUACUGCCAGUCGAAUGCGAAGGGUUGUGUGAUUAGGCUGAGUAUUGCACAUUUAGUGGACCACCUGGAAGAUUACAUUGUUGUUUAUAUCACAACAGUCAGAGUGGUUGGUAGUGUAGGUUUGUAGCCUAUGGCCUGCAGGACUAAACAACGCGGGAUCUGAUUUCUCACCACUGUCCGACUGAGAUCUUGCGGCUGUGGCUGUAUUUCCCUUUACCGGGGGAGCGAGGACGGUGGAGCAACAGCGUUGCGUUUGGAGAUGCUCAUUGCGCACAGACAGACCGAUGGGUUACGGCAAGUGGUGGCGAGCUCCUACCGGCAGUCAAUGUUCAAAUAAGAGACCGUUCCUGGCAUAUUCUUAGGACUGGGGGCAUUUUGACAUAUGCCGUUAUAGUUUUACGUUAUCGUUGCCUUGGAGUUGCAUUGGACUAGAACGUUUCGUGUAUUACAUGGGUUGUUUUCUUCAGUCGAUGAUAAAACAUUGCCAGAGAGCCUGACUUGAAGGGAGCAGUAGAGGGGGAAUUUUCGCAGGUGAUCUGGACCUGGGUGCAUAUUUGUGGGCCCCCCUCCCCCUCCCUUCGCUGUUAGAAAAAGGUCAUUGUUGUCUCAUCGCUCGUUCUGUCACGGAGCCGUCUGCACGGGCAGCAGCGGACGGGAAUACCCGGCUUCCUCCACAGGGAUGGCUUCGCAUCACUAUAUUCCGGAGAAUUCUAAUUCGGAUAACAGAAGCGUUUGCUUGGAUUAACACUGAAGGAUGGCUCAUUCGUGGAAACGUCCCGCGUGGACAGGCUGAUAGCGUGUUAGAUCCACUCAUGGGAAUUAUUAAUAAAACGUGGGGGAGAAACAGAGACUGGGAUUGGUAAUCACGGGUUAGCAGAGACGGCCGACGUAAAAGGAACGUCAAUUAAUCUAUCAUGACCCACUAAAGCUCAGGACACAAGACUGGAGCACAGACCGGAGGAACCGCUGUCAUCAACAGAACACAUACUGUGUGCAACAGAACACAUACUGGACACACAGCAAAACACAGCGUACUGAAUAGAGGGCUGAACCUAGAACAUCCUGAGGCCAGUUCCAGACACGUCUCCUGGUGGAACCACUAAACUGGUGGUAUAUGAUGACCAGUCCCGAUGUGUCCUCGAGAACCAGGCUGUUAAACUGACCCUCUUGUUCUCCCGGAGAAAGCUUGAAGCAGACAGAGAGUCCUGCCUGAUCCCUCUCAAUCUUUCAAAUCAUCCAGGAAGUCUUUACAGAUCAGACAUUACUGACAACCUGGUCACACACAAGGAAGAGUAACCCUGCACAGGUGAAGAAACUGUCUAUUCAAAGAAACAUUAGGGAAUCAAUUCAAAUUAAACUUAAAGCUUAAAGACAAGAGCCCCCUUUCUUGUUUGAAACCAGGGCCGAUAGUGUUUGCUACGGUACCCAGUUCUCCUGAGGUUUUCCUUCUCCCUUUCCCUCACGCACUCAUUAGUCUGGACUGCCUCCCUACUCCCAUUGAGCCACACGCCUCUGAAGGUAACAGCUGGGGCCUUGGGGGCACAGGAGGCCCGUGGAGGUCCGUGGAUCUCUCAGAAGGGGAAUUGAGCUGAGCGUACCCCAGCGAGGCUGCCCCGUGGCAGGCAUGGCUCGUCCGGGCUCUGGGGUCCUGGUUGGCGGGGCCGGGGGUUACGGGGGCCAGGGCGUGGCCCGCGUGGUGGUGUGGGAGUGGCUGAACGAGCACGGGCGCUGGAGGCCCUACGGCGCGGCCACGUGCCACCACAUCGAGAACGUUCUCAAGGAAGACCCCAGGGGAACCGUGCUGCUGGGACAGGUGGAACCGCAGCUGGUUCCCUACGUCAUUGACCUGCAGUCCAUGCACCAGUUCCGCCAGGACACCGGCACUAUGCGUCCAGUGCAGCGUAACUUCUACGAGCCGUCAUCGGCCCCGGGCAAAGGCGUGGUGUGGGAGUGGGAGAGCGACUCGGGCGCGUGGACGCCGUACGACAUGGAGCUGAGCGUCAGCAUCCAGCACGCCUACGAGAAGCAGCACCCCUGGCUGGACCUCACCUCGCUGGGCUUCCCCUACCUGCUGGACUUCACCGCCAUGCAGCAGACCAACCGGCAGAGCCAGCGGCGCCGACGCCUCCGCCGACGCAUGGACCUGGCCUACCCGCUCCUCGCCGGCGCCAUCCCCAAGUCCCAGUCCUGGCCUGUGGGGGCGGGGGCCAAGGGCGGGGCGGGGGGCGGACCUUGCUCCUGCACACAGUGCAUAUUGGUGAACAGCACCAGGGCGGCGUCCAACGCCAUACUGGCCUCGCAGAGGAGGGGGGCGGGGAAGGGGGCCGCCGCGGGGACGGUAAGGCAGAGCAACACUUUUGGAGGCACGACGGCGACGACGUGGUCGGCGGGGACGACAGUCGCCGUGGGCAACCUGAGCAAUAACAUGUCGGGGGCAGGAGGAAGAGGCGGAGGAGGAAAGGGAGAGAGUUUGGGUGCCGCAGGGGCCGGGUUUGGCUGCUCACAGGCACACGCACACACACACACACACACACAAUCGCACACACACACGCACGCGCUCACUAUCAACGGCCAGAACAACCUCAACCGGCCCGGCACGCAGCGCAUCGCCGUGACAACCAACCGAGGGGCCAUCCCACCAGGAGUCCCUGCUCUCCCUGUGAAGAAUCUAACAGGAUCUGGACCUGUUCAUCCAGCACUGGCAGGUAUGACAGGGAUCCUGAUGUGUGCAGCGGGGCUGCCCGUGUGUCUUACUCGCGCCCCCAAACCCAUCCUGCACCCCCCGCCCAUCAACAAGAGCGACCUGAAGCCCGUGCCCGGGGUGAAUGGCAUCCGCCGCAAAACCAAAAAGAAGCACCUGAGGAGAGGUAAGAACCCCGAGGACGUCGUUCGCAGAUACACAGAGAAGAUCAAAGCAGCCCCUGACGAGGACUGCACCAUCUGCAUGGAGAGGCUGGUGACGUCGUCGGGCUACGAGGGCCUGCUGAGUCACAAGGGCAUCAAGCCAGAGCUGGUCGGCAAGCUUGGCAAGUGCGGCCACCUGUACCAUCUGCUGUGCCUGGUGGCCAUGUACAACAACGGCAACAAGGAUGGUAGCCUCCAGUGCCCCACCUGCAAGGCCAUCUACGGAGAGAAGACUGGCACGCAGCCCCCGGGGAAGAUGGAGUACCACGUCAUCCCUCACUCGCUCCCAGGCUACACAGAGGUCAAGACCAUACGCAUCGUUUACGACAUCCCCGCUGGCAUUCAGACGUUGGAGCAUCCUAAUCCAGGGAAGAAGUUCAGUGCAAGAGGGUUCCCACGCCACUGCUAUCUCCCUGACAACGACAAAGGACGGAAGGUGCUGAAGCUUCUGAUCAUGGCGUGGGACCGGCGGCUCAUCUUCGCCAUCGGCACGUCCAGCACCACCGGGGAGGUGGACACCGUGGUGUGGAACGAGAUCCACCACAAGACAGAGUUCGGCUCCAACCUCACCGGCCACGGCUACCCCGACCUCAAGUACCUGGACAACGUGCAGGCUGAGCUCUCCGCCCAGGGGGUCUCUGACGACAACCUCAAGGAAUGAGGAGAGAGGGAAGGAGGGAGAGAAACGCUCCAAACAUAUCCGCAGAGGAUCAUUCAUAUAUAUUUACCUGAUCAGACAUGCGUAUGCACAUGUGCUCCCACAAACAGUGGUGCCCUCUACUGCUGUGGAGGGGUAUUAUGUGUUUGUCUGAUCCCCCCUAACCGCCCCCCCAGAGUGAGCUUGACCUCAGAGGGGGUCAAGGGGAGGUUUGACCUUUAACCUCUGCAAAUUGGUCUGGGUUGACAGGAGACUGCUGAGGACACAGACACACACACACACAGGCAUGAGAGGAAUCAAAUCAUGUGAGAAGCCUGUGAUUAAAGAUGUCUCAACAUUUUUGACGAGUUUCAAUUUGAAUUGUUAGCCAAUCCCUCUUUCUUCACAAUGACUUUCUCUGAUGGACUCCAAAUUUGUGUUUUAAGGAAAUGUUAGGAACACGUUAAGAUGUUCAAGAGAUAAGAAGCAUGCCUGGACUGAAGAGGCUCCCAACUAAUUCAGCUUUCAGCUGUCUGAUGCAGUUGUGUUUAUUUGGCUGGAGUAAACAUAGAGUUGAUAGGGCUGAUAGAACGAUGUGGUUCUCUGCUCUCAGAUCGUUGUGUAUGUUUGGGCCAAAGAAAAAAGGUACACGGCAUUGAUCCAUUGAUUUUGGAUUGAGGUCUUUCAAAAGAUUUGAAGUGUGUUAAAGUUUGGCUUGGAUGCCAACACACACACACUCACACUCACACACACACACACCUGCAAGACUCAUCACGUGAGAGGUGUUUGUUGUGUUUGUGUGUGUUUUAGGGGAUGAAGGGAUUUUUAUUUGAAAAACUAGAAAAGUGAAUCAGGUGAUGCUGUCGGAGUGUGUGUGUAGAGUUUCUCUGUCGAGUUUAAGGACGUAGACGGUCUGGUCUCCUCCUCCUCUCCUUGUUCUGCUUUUCGCUAUGAUUCUUUUGGUCAGUCUGUAUUUUUGGAGGCAUAAAUGACAUGGAUGACUGUGCUGGUGCACUUGGAUGUUAAAGCUUUAAUGUGGGUUUCAAAACUCUGGCAAGCCAUGUUUUAUUUGGUAAGAGUUGUGGAAGGACUUUGAAAAUGUGAUUUAUGCAGCAAUAUAUACUACUUUCUCUCUUUCUCUCUCUCUUUCUCUCUCUCUCUCUCUUUCUCUCUAUCUCAUUCUCCCUGUGUUCUCUCUCUCUCGUUCUCCCUGUGUUUGUAAUCUUUGCCUUUUAGCAGGUUGAGAUGCAACUGUGCAACAUGCAGUAGCUUUUAUCUUUGGCUCUCACUUAUCUGUUCAGACUUGUCACACAUACACAUAUACACGCCACACACACACACACACACACACACACACACACACACACACA